CAAUGUACACAUUAUACCACUAAUACGUUUCAAAUACUACCUUUUCUUGUGCAUACAACACAACUGCACAACAACCCUAACAUACUUUAUUCUUACGCGCAUUUCAUGGUUACAUUCGUAAACAAACAGCGAACUGUCAAAUUAUCACGUACUACAUUUCUUCUACAACGAAAAGAGGAAAAAUGUAAAAGACAUUAAGCGAAAUGAAUUAUAAUAGAAUACAUAAAAAGAAAUUAGAAAAAUAUUAAAUUAGAAGUUCUCUAGAAAGUCGAUUAAAAAAUAUUGUCUCCACUCAAUUAUAAAGUGUAAAUAAACAAAAAAUUCGAGAUAAAAACAAAAAUGGUACUCCGUUCAGGCUGCAUUAUUCCCUUUCAGUUCCGCGACAAUAAAAAACUUUUAAUGAUCGGUGUACCUGAGGAAAAUCGAAAUUUAAGCAUUUGGGAUUUAAAAAAUGUUGUGCGAGCGGCAUUCGGGGUUUAUAAUUUCGAGUUUCGCAAUAAGAAGAUUGGAUUCAUCAUACCAGACGAACUGUUGCUCAACUACUUGGCGCAACGUCAUGACCUGACCAAUUUCGUUAUAGAAGUAGGACAGGUUUUUGAACCUAAUAAAGAUACAUAUCCACCAGAAUUGACCUGCAAUAUUUGCCAUUGUGCUACCAAAAAACCUUUAGAUAUACAAGAGACUACGAAUAUAUCCAGCCAUCUCAGUCAAAUGACCAAUUUAAGUGCCAUAAAUUCACAGAACUCCGAAAAUGCAGAAAGUGCAGAUGAACAGCCGCCGCCUUUGAAAUUACGUGCAACACAUUCACAUAAUCCCACUGUUAUAACAACGCCGAAUCACACCACAGACGCUGAUCAUUUGGUAGACGAAUCGAAAUUCAAUUUUGCCACAGGACUGCCACCACCUACCGAUAUUGAUGACGCCGAAGACUCACAGCCAUCCUCCAAAUCGUAUGCUGGCAUAACUGAUGAGGAGCAACAGCAAUUGCACCAGCAACAACAACAACACCAUGAAUUCGAACGCUGGAAUGAGUACUUAAUGCAUCAGCACCAGCAACAACAACAACAACAGCAACAUCAGCAACAAGUUGAAGCACUCAUGCAGGAAACAUCGACGAAUAAUUUAAGGCAACGCAAAGAACGUAUGUCAAAGAAACAAAAGGAGGUCUACGUCAAUUUUUUGGAACAAAAUCCUAUCAUUAAUGAUCGUCGUAGAAAUGAUCCUUACCUUGAUCCUUUUUGGAUAAAAUUAGCGGAUAUAUUAAAUUCAGUGCCGCAAGGUGCUGUAAAACAUGUAGCAGAAUGGAAGCAGACCUUUGACAAUUGGCGUUAUCGUAUAUUCCUUUAUGCGCGCUUUAAUUCCAAAUUGGCAGGCGAUGCAACACUAGAUUCAAGAAACUUUAAACCACUAACACAGACCGAUAAACGUGCUUAUAGCAUAUGGAUACGUAAUCCAGAUACAGCGCCACCAGAUUUAGAGAAAAUGCGUAAUGUUUUUAUUAAUUUAGAGGAUACGCAACAGGACUAACGUUUGCGAAAAAAGCGUAGUAACUGAACUAAUCAAAAUCACUGAUUAAAUCAGUCACAAUACACUAAUCGAUCGUUUGAUUAAAACAUCUUUAUUAAGAGGCCAAGCCUGAGUUAUUGAAGAUAAAAAAAUUGUGUA